AUGGUUCAAUUAAAUACAGUUGUUCCAACUUCUGCAUUUCCAAGACCUAAAACUACUCCCCAAUUGGGUUUGUAUGUAUAUUUGAUUGCUUUUUGCGCCGUUAUUGGUGGAUUUUUAUUCGGAUAUGAUACGGGAAUUGUUUCUUCUGCGAUGCUUUAUGUCCCGAAAAAUGAAGAUAUGAAACCGAUGGGAAAAGUUUGGCAAGAAAUUAUUGUCAGUGUGACUCCAGGUGAGAAUUUUGAGGUAAAAAAAAGUACCCUUCAACAUAUCAUUUACCUUCAACUUUCAGCAAAAGAGUGGUAGAAUUUUGACCUUAAAAUACAUAGUUUCUGUGUAGUAUGCACUCCUUUGUGUGUAAUAAUAAUUGUUUUUGAUGAUAGAAAAUCAUGUUAAAUUUAAAAAAAAACUUUUCAAAAAAUAAAAUAGUGUCAAAAUUUUCUCACCGCUUCCGAUAAAAAAGGUUUAUGAGACAUUUUAGACUAUUUUCCCAACGUGGAACCUAUUCAAGAAGGUUGGGACUAGGAAAACUAUGUAAAAUAAUGUAAUUUAUCUACAUAGUAAGGGGGAACAUUGUAAAAUUUCACAUAGUUAAUUUUUCAGGCUUCGCAGCUCUUGGAAGUUUAUGUGCUGGCCCAGCUUCUGACAAAUGGGGGAGAAAAAAAGUUAUAUUAGUAUCAUCCUUCAUUUUCACAUUGGGUGGUCUUCUUUGCGGUAUCGCCAUUGAAAAAUAUAUGCUUCUUGUCGGCCGUAUUCUAUUGGGAUGUGCGAUUGGUAUUUCAUCAACAGUUGUUCCGAUGUAUGUUUCAGAAUCUAGUCCAGCACAUAUCCGAGGACAGCUUUUAACUGGGUUUCAACUUAUGAUAACGUUUGGAUUACUAGCUGCAAACAUCCUUGCUGGCGGGUUUAGUUAUAUCGAUCCAACAAAUCUUGGAUGGCGUUUGAUGAUGGGAUUUGCUGCGGUUCCUGCAGCUAUUCAAUUUGUCCUAUUCUUUUGUCUUCCUGAAAGCCCAAGAUGGUUAUAUCAGAAUGGACAAACUGAAGAAGCUAAGAAUGUUCUACAAAAAAUCUAUUCGAAUAAUAAUUUAUGGGUGACUUAUGAGAUUGGAGAAAUCGAUGCACUUUGUAAGGAAGAAAAAGUUGCGAUGGAAACUACAAGUAAGGGUUUUAUAAAGAUUUAUUUUCUAUGUCAACAUUUUUCAGAAGACUCUUCUACUCUUGCUCGUAUCUUGAAAACUCCACAUGUCCGAAAAGCCCUGAUUAUUGGAUGUGCACUCCAAGCUUUUCAACAGUUAUCCGGAAUUAAUACAAUCAUGUUAGUUAUCCUAAUUCUAUGCUAAUUUCAAACCUCUUGACAAAAAUAAAUCUUUAGGUACUACACCGGAAAGAUUAUUCAAGCAUCUGGUAUUGGAGAUGAGCAUACUGUAAUCUGGAUUAGUGUUGGUAUUUCAAGUGUCAAUUUUAUUUGCACAUUUAUUCCAAUGUAUUUGAUUGAUCGAGUUGGAAGACGAGUUUUGUUAACUGUUUCAGUUUUGGGUGUCGCGAUUACACUUUUAUUGAUGGCAUCAUCAUUUUAUGCAAUCAAUAUGUGAGUCUUUUGUCUUCUUACAUCACAAACUCAAUUUUUUUCAGUGACUCAGCUCCAAGUAUUUCUCCAGCAUUCCCAUUGCAAGGCUUCGAAUCCAAUAAAUGCUUCGGAUUCAGUAAUUGUGAUUUCUGCGUAACCGAUGAAGCGUGCGGUUUCUGUCAACCAGUGGGAGUUGAGAAAGGGUAUUGCUUACCAGUCAAUAAUGAUAAUUCAUUAUCUAAAAUUGGACCUUGUAUGAAUUCAACAGAAACAAUGCUCGCCAAAUAUGUCUGGUCACCUGAUGUUUGUAAAUCUCGUUUCACUUUCUUGCCGAUUGUUCUUAUGGUUGUGUAUCUUUCGUUUUUCUCAUCAGGUGGGUUGAUUUUUGAAAAAUAUGUACAUUUUUGAAAAUACGCAUAUAUCUAUCUAAAGAUUAGAAAAAAAAGAGAGAACAUAAAUAGAAACGGGAAAUAUUUGGAUAAUGAAUAUGUAACACCGUGAAAUGAGUAGAAUAACACAAAUAUCGAGUUACAUUUUCAUUCAGAAUAGUAGAGAAUAGUGUUUGAUGUUGGAGAAAAGGUUUCUCGGUUGGGUAAAAAACAAAGAAUCAUAGACUAAUCAAUUUCCUAUUUCAAAAAUACAUUGUAUUUUUGGAAGAAAAAACUAGUUUCAAUUACAAAAAUGUCAUGGCCUUUCAAAUGUUAUUCUGAAAUCAGAUACAAAUCAGAAAAUUGUUGUUAUUUGAUAAAUUUUUAAUUAAGAAUAUUGUUAUCAAAUUCCAGCAAAACCCAGAAAAUUUGUAUUUUUUCAGAAUACCCUUUUCAAAAAAUCAGUAAAAAUCUGAAAUUAAUGUUAUAAUGUAGUUAAUAAUUUUUUUUUAAAUUUUGAUAACUCAAACCGUUUUGAUGAAUUCUCUUUCAGCAAACAAUCAACUGUUUCUUCUGAAAAUGAUUUUCUCAAUUUCCAGGCUACGCUCCACUCCCUUGGGUGAUGAAUGCAGAAUUCUACCCAUUAUGGGCAAGAAGUACGUGUGUAUCAAUAGCAACAGCAGUCAACUGGUUAUUCAACCUUGCCAUCUCUCUAACAUUUUUAUCUUUGACUGAAGCCGCCACAAAACAUGGUGAGUAUGAAUCAUUGUGAGGACCCAUCAACAAAAAACAACAAUAUCAAUAAAGAAAGUUACCCAAAACGACAAUUGAUUCUUAUUCAUAACACAAAUAUUAAUUUUCUUUCUUUAUAGGUACUUUCUUGAUCUAUGCCAUCGUCACCUUCAUUGCUCUAUUAUUUGUGUCAUUCUGUAUACCUGAAACAAGAAAUUAUAGCAUUGAAGAAGUUGAAGUGUUAUUUAUGUCAAGAAAGAAACGAGAAGAACAAGCGGAACAUUUGAAAGAUAUUAUUCAAUUUAAACCACCUAUCGAUUCAACACUUCAAUUUUGA